AUGCGGCCGCGGCUCCUCUCCCGGGGGAGGGAAGUGGCCCAGCACCUGGGGGAGAACACUGUGCGCACAAUUGCCAUGGACGGGACAGAAGGCCUGGUGAGAGGACAGAAGGUUCUGGACUCUGGUGCACCCAUCCGCAUCCCCGUCGGCCCUGAGACGCUGGGCAGGAUCAUGAACGUCAUUGGGGAACCCAUCGACGAGAGGGGCCCCAUCACGACGAAACAGUUUGCUGCUAUCCACGCCGAAGCCCCCGAGUUCGUGGAGAUGAGCGUUGAACAGGAGAUCCUGGUGACAGGGAUCAAGGUGGUGGACCUGCUGGCUCCCUACGCCAAGGGCGGCAAGAUCGGUUUGUUCGGAGGUGCUGGUGUCGGCAAGACGGUGCUGAUCAUGGAGCUGAUCAACAACGUGGCGAAAGCCCACGGUGGUUACUCGGUGUUCGCUGGCGUGGGGGAGCGAACCCGUGAGGGCAACGACUUGUACCAUGAGAUGAUUGAGUCUGGGGUCAUCAACCUGAAAGACGCCACUUCCAAGGUCGCCCUGGUCUAUGGGCAGAUGAACGAGCCCCCGGGCGCCCGCGCCAGAGUGGCUCUGACGGGGUUGACGGUGGCCGAAUACUUCAGGGACCAGGAGGGUCAGGACGUGCUGCUUUUCAUUGACAACAUCUUCCGCUUCACCCAGGCUGGCUCAGAGGUGUCUGCCCUGCUGGGCAGAAUCCCCUCCGCCGUGGGCUACCAGCCCACACUGGCCACUGACAUGGGCACCAUGCAGGAGAGGAUCACCACCACACGCAAGGGCUCCAUCACUUCGGUGCAGGCCAUCUACGUGCCGGCUGAUGACUUGACUGACCCGGCCCCCGCCACCACCUUCGCCCACUUGGAUGCCACCACGGUGUUGUCCCGUGCCAUCGCCGAGCUGGGCAUCUACCCGGCCGUGGACCCGCUGGACUCCACCUCCCGUAUCAUGGACCCCAACAUCGUGGGCCCCGAGCACUACGACGUGGCCCGUGGGGUGCAGAAGAUCCUGCAGGACUACAAGUCCCUGCAGGACAUCAUCGCCAUCCUGGGCAUGGACGAGCUGUCAGAAGAGGACAAGUUGACGGUGGCCCGGGCUCGCAAGAUCCAGCGUUUCUUGUCCCAGCCCUUCCAGGUGGCCGAGGUCUUCACCG